GAUAUAUUAAGCAUAAAAGUGGUUUGUUGCAGAUGUAUCAGUCUCAAACAUUCGCCGUGCUGUACGCACGUUUUACAAUUGUGUUUGUGUGUUUUAUUUGAAAUACAGUUUAAUCUUCAAUUUGUUUAUAUAUACUGAUAAUUUGUUGAUAUCAUGACGUCGGAUUUACCUCCAGCGUAUACCUCUCUUCACAACUCUACUGCUAAUAUUGCUAUGCCAAGCGAGUCAGAUCCAAAUUGUGAAGAUGGAUCCGAACUAUUGGUCAACAACUGCUUUGAAGAUAAAACGACUCGGAUUGGGUUCAUACAAAAGGUACUGUCCAUUAAAUUGCUGCAGAUACUCUUAAUGACAUUGGUCCUAGGCAUUUUUGCAGUUUAUCAGUCGUCAAUCUAUAGAUCUAUGCGACAUGAUGGCUCGCAAGUGCACGUUAUUCUGUUAUCGACCUUAGCAUUCCUCGCUAUAACUGGUCUCUCCAUAUAUUGCACCAAGGCUCGACGUGAGAACCCGUACCGAUACGUGUUCCUGACAGCCCAUCCGAUUAGUUUGGUAUUAUUUAUCAGUUUUCCGGCGAUAAUCUUGGAUUUUUUGUCUCCAAUCGCCUUAGCUUUCCUCACCUACGUGUUUGCAGUGUUCUUCGUGCUUCUAUACAGCGUUUUUGCGCUGCAGACCAAGCUAGAGUUUGCUGUCAAGCAUGCCAUAUUUCUCGCUGGUAUCGUACAGAUUUUAAUAUAUGCAUUCACCGUCCCUUUCAUCUGGAUCGACGCUUUCGGCGUUCUGUACAUCUCUCUCGCUCUCUUCUUCGACUUAAUUUACAUUUUCUGGGACUUGGAGAUUAUGACUUCUAAAAAGUACUGGCACGAUGUCACACCAGACAAUUUUGUCGACGCAACUCUGAACUUACAGUUAGACUACUACUAUAUAUUUGUUAAUAUUAUCUCACCAAAAAUACGUAAAAGUGUAGAAACAAAUGUACAGUAAAUUAGGGACACCCUCACACUAGCAUCUUUUGAGCGUCGGCGUCUAGUUUGCGCUAUGGAAAACGGCGUUCGCCGGUGUGCAGUUGCGCCAACGUUGCGUCGAGCAGCAGCCAUAGAGUUCAUUAGGCGCCGAUGCUUGGGAGCAGGGACCCGUCCACUUCUUCCCAGAAAUAAGCCUUUAAAUGGGUUAGUCGUUUAUCGAAUAGCCCCAACGAUUGGCUUUCCUUUUGAAUUGCUUAUCCGUUCAUUUGACUUAGCUCUAGGAAGGGGUUUCCCUUUCAGAAAUACCGCUAAAAUGAAAGGGUUUCCACUUCCUAAUUCAAAAACUGAUGAUACCUGUGCUAUCAAUGCGCUAGGUACCCAGUCCUUCACUUAAAAUAUAAAUAACUAAUAUUUGAUUCUAGUUUUACGAAGAGAAAGUUGAAAAUGGCAUAAGCGUUAUAAUUUAUAAUCAAUACCCCUUCAAGAGGUUAGCGCUUAGGAAUGGAUAUCAGCUUACCCGUAUUAAGCGCUUAAAAAGCCAAAUGAAAGGUUUUUUUUUUAGUUAGCAACGGCGUUGGUAAGCAAAGACUUACGAAAUACCCAUUUCAAAACCCCCGAAGGGGAUACCGGAACGGUCCUUGCUUGGACGACGCUAGUGUGGAGUGGCUGUUACUGAUCAAAUACUUUCCAAAUUUCUCUAUCCCAAUGGGAUGUAAGACUUGUCGGAUGUAAGACAUAGCGCGUGAUCAUGCAUUACUGGAUCAUAUAUAUCUGAUGACCAUUCACUAAUAAAUAAUGUAUAAGGAGACGACUAUUGUCAUUAAUGUGGAUAGUGGACCAAACUUGUUUUGCAAAAUGAAAUAAAUUGUAUCUAGGUAGGAAUGCACUUAAUACAUUAAUGUAAGAAUAAAAUGUAUGUACUUUCUUGUCUCAUACAUAUGUACGUACUUGUAUAAUGAGUGCAAGUUUCUUGUUAUGUUUUUCCACGACAAGAUUUUUACUGCUUAUUAAGAAAAAAGAAAAAAUAAAUAUUUUUCAAAA